UCCGCCUUCUUCUCCCGCUUCCCAGCCCUCUCUCGAUGCUGCUCCGGGGGUAAGGACAGCCCUAUCCCACCGCUGCUCUGCCCUGGGGCAGCGAGGGGCCGUGGGCGCAUGGAAGGGGGCUCUCCUGCUGAGACGCGGCGGGGUCCGCGGCCCCCCAAGCAGCACAGCCAGAGCAGCAGCCGAACCUCUGCCCUGUUGGAGCACCCCGAGGCCUCCCGCGGGCCCCACGCCAUCCUGGAGAGCAAGGUGAAGGCGCUGAAGGAGAAGCGGGGGGGCGGCCGGCCGGGGACCCCCGCAGCUGCAGCCGAGAGGCCCUCCCCUAAGAAGCCCCGUCCGCGGCGGGGGAGGCCGGGAGCAGAUGCGGCAGCAGUGGAGCCGCGGGCUCAGCUCCGCACCUACCUGACGGAUGGGCUCCUGGACGGGGAGCCUGCGACUGACAGCACCCCAGCACCCCGCGCUGGCACCUGGCGGGUGCCGGCAGCCAGAGAUGUGCCUGGAGGCACCGAGCUCCCUCAAGGGGAGAGCAGUGGGACCCGGGGCUCUGCCUCCCCCCGGGAGAGACAUCCCCUGGGAGAAGAGGCACGAACCCCACUGCAGGACCGGGGGGGUCCGUCUGUGUCGCCCACCACGGCCAAGAGCUGGGAGAGGCUCUCUCUGGCCGAGCGUGUGGAGAGGAACCGGCGGCUGCUGCAGGAGGUGCUGGGCCUCGAUGCCCCUGAGGUGCCAGCGAGUGAUGGGGACUGGGACUCAGGGGUGUCACUGCAGGACAUCGAGGGCUGCAGGGCCUUUGUCCCUGGGCAGGAGCUCGAGCUGAGCCCGCGGCACGAGCAGGCCAAGCAGCUGCUGCAGCGUGCCCGCAUGAAGGCUCGAACGAACCCGCUGCGCGCCAGCCACGACAUCCUCCUCCUCUCCUCCGCCAUCCCGCACCACAGGGAGCCCAGUGGGAGGCCGACCGCUGCCCCACAUGAUGGCGGGAGCCUGAGCGACUCAUCGAGCGGGGAGUCGAGCUGUGGGCAGCCACGGCAGCCGCGAGGGCCCUCCCCAUCCCGCGUGCGCUUCGAGGACGAGUCAGCCCGUGACGCUGAGGUGCGGUACCUGGAGCGGCUGCAGCUGCGGCACCGGCGGGCACCGGGCUCCGCGCUCUCCUCGCUGGAGCUGGCCGGGGGCAGGCAGCCAGGGGACGGGUCCGGACAGCCCAAAGCCCAGAGCAGUGACCUUGCAGCCGGGGGCAAGUGCAGCGCCUGUGGCUCCUUCAUCAGAGCUGCCGCCACUCGUGGCACAGACAUGCCGACAGCCACCAACAAGGCUGAAAGUAGCCCUGCAGCACAAGGAAGCAUCCCACGGGAUAGCGGGGGACAGAAUGCUGCCCAACCGGAACCCAAACCCAGGGCUCUGGGCCCCCGGGGGUCACCACUUUGGAUUCUCCCUUCCCGGCAGCGGAUCCACACCGAGAAAAUCAAGGAGACCUAUAUUGGGGAUGUCACUUACAUUGACGAGGUGGACUCUGCCCUGGAGAGCACAGACACCUCUGACGGCUGCCGGACAGAUAGCGAGGAGGCAGGACCCCGCAGCCCCCACCUCCACCAGGGCCUCCAUGCUCGCGGGCACAGGACCCCCUGUGCUACCCCACAGCUGGAGGCGAGGACUGAGAAGGGGACGUGUGCAUCCAGUGGUGGUCCCCGUGCAGGGGGUGGCUCUUCAAGUGGUGUCACAAGCCGGACGGGGGCCGUUUGCCCCCAGCCACUGAGGAGAGCCAGCAGCCAGGAGGACAGGGACCCCUAUUGUCAUCCGGGGAGCAGCAAUGGGAUGGGAAACACCGCUCAUACCCCACAGCAGUCCAGCGAGCCCCAGGAGCCCUCCUCACAGCCAGGGGCUGGCACCACUGUGCCAGACAGCUAUGUCCCCGCUCCCCCUCACACCAAGAAGGCCUGCUCCCAGUUGCCUUGCAGGAAAGCCCUCUUCUCCGGUGGCCUCCGCCGAGCAUUGAGCCAAGGAGCCCGGGGCCCGGAGCCUGAUGCUGGAAGCACUGCGUCCUCCCAGCCUGGAGGUGCGGUGGGACCAGGGGAACGUCGGGGUUCCUGCAGCCCCAAGUGGCUCCCAGGGAGCCCCCUCCGUGCCUUGUCCACCAACAACUGCAACAACACCCAUGGGCAGGACCCUCUGGAGACAGGCAGAGGGGCACCAUCACAUCCCACUGCCAAGCCCAUCACCCCUGUGCCCCAGGAGGCUUCUCAUUCCCUUGGAGAAACAGCCGGGAAGCUGGGAGCACAGCAACAGUGUCCAGGCAGGAGCACAGCACAUGGGGAGCCGGGGCAGGCAGUGAGCCGCAAGGGGAGCAGCGCUUCGGCAUCGGGGCUGAAGAAGCUCUUGUGCAGCCUGAGCCAGAGCACGAAGCAGCGCCUGGGCCGCUUCCGCUGCUACAGCAUGGAGCAGCUCCCGGCCUCCAGCAGCACCGCCCCAGAUGGGUCCAGCAUGAAGAAGUCUCCCUCCCUGCAGUCCCUGCAGCUGGUGUCACCCUUCCAACAGCCCCAAAAAGCUGCCUCUGUCCAGAGCCUGCACCCCCUCCUGGGCAAGGCACCCCGUGCCAGUGCCUACCUCCUGCCCCAGACCACAGCUGACAGGAAGAGGGGCUCAGGGCCACGGCGCUCGCUGAGCGUGGAGGACAUUGGGGUGCCCGGCCGGCUGCGUGCAGUGGGGCGUGUGGUGGAGGUCUUCCCUGAUGGCACCAGCCAGCUGGAGCUGCAGCGACCCCCCCAGGGCGCCUUCGGGUUCCGUGUCACCUCUGGGCAUGGCCGGCCUGACAAAGGUGUCUACGUGCAGGAGAUGGUGGACGCCAGCACAGCCAAGCUGUACGCAGGGCUCCUGGGUGUGGGGGACGAGAUCCUGCAGGUCAAUGGGGCAGCCGUUUCAGGGCUGGGGCUGGCCCGCAUCCAUGAGCUGCUGCUCCAGGCAGACACGCUGUCACUCCGUGUGCUCAGGCACCGCCCAGCACCCCGGUAGCCCCAGCAUGGCUCCUGGAAAAUCCGGUGGGAGGAGGAUGACAUCCCACUGAUGGGACAUUGCAGGCUGGCACAGAGUGGACCAAACUGCCCUGCAGCACCAGGACCUGCCCGGCUCCGGUGUGACACUUGGCUCCCCACCAUGGUGGAGGCCCCCUCCCUGGGAGACAAAGUGGGACCAAGGACUCCCCAGUGUCCAGCAUCUUGAGGAGCUGCCCCAGCUAUGGGGACAAAGGACACCCCAGUCCCACCACCAAACCAGGCUACAUCUGGCCUGCUGGGCAUUGGGGUGGCCAGAAUGGCAAUGCCCCAUCUCUGUGACCCCAGAAGAUACAGGGCUCCCUGUCAGUGCUAAAUACCUGCCCACAUGGGCUGGUGGGUUUCUUUUAAAUUAUUUCACACUGCUAAA